CUAAAAAAUAGCUAAAACAAAAAGACAACAAACAGUGAAAUGAAAGCGAAAACAGAUUCCUCGCUACAUUCGAAUGUGACAGUGACGCGUCUAUGCUACAAAAGGAAGUCAAAAAUUCUGCUGACGAAAAUAGAAAACAGUGCAAAAUAAAUAGCCAAAGCGGCGAGCAAAAUCAAUGCUAACCAAAACAAGUCAAAAUAGAAAUAAAUAAAAUAAAAUAUAAAUAUAAAAUAAAAUCAGCGGAGAUAACAUCAAAGCAGUGAAAGCACAAAUGAGCAAUGAGGCAAAGGCUACAAAAAGCAGAGAAAAAAUAGUGAGAAUUCGCCACGAGACGCACACAAGCGCACGAAAAGUAAACCGAGCGAGAAAACUGGCCUUGACGUGGAAAAAGCGAACAGAGAGCUAGAAAUUGGUUAAAGGCUUCUACAACAGCAGCAACAGUUCUUCAAAAGAACAACGAAACUGUGCCACACCGCAUGCCACAGAAUGUAUUUCCGACGCUAUUGGCAUUGCCAAAGCCAUGCUAGCUACGCAGCCGUUUGGCUAUUUUGGCUGACUUUUGUCAGUGUGCAACAGCAACGAUUUUAUGGUGAUGGCUGUUCGGCGGCAACACUAUACGCCAAAGAGCAACAAAACACUCAAAUAUUCCAAAAACAUUCGUCACCACGACAGCUGCAAAGUAGCACCGAUUGCAGCGAACAGAUGGUGUACAUCGACGCAACAAUGUUGCCACCUCAACAAAAAGCAACAACGAUAACAACGCGUAGUGCCACCAUAAUGACUAGCCCGCGGCAAGUUGUAGGGGAUGUAGUGACAGAAGCAAUUCCAACGCUUGGCCCCAUAUUGCGCGACAAGACGGCGGAAAUGCCAUCCGCCAUGCCGCCGGAACCUGACAGCGAAAGUGAUGAGCGCCUAGUCACAGCGAAUUGCAAUGAAGUAGCAACGACAAAAACAAAUGCGGAUCUCAAUGGGUCACUGUUGAAGUUCACCAACUCGUUGGCGGUAAAGGCUGCGGGCAACGCUAGCAAGGGCAAAGAUAAUACCACGAAAAGCUUCAACAGCAAAACAACAACAACACCAGCAACACCGAAAAUACGUGUAUUGCCCAAAAUGGAGGCAAUAAAGAGGGAAAUGGCCGCAAUACCAAAAUUCCAAAUAUCCUCUGCGACGAAAAUACAAACAAAAACAACAGCAACUGCUCCACCGAUAACACCGCUUCCGUUUGCUGGCAGCAGCACCGCCACAGCAAGUCAAGCAGCCAAGCAGCUCACUGCGAAGAAUUUAAAACACUCCAAGUAUGCCAUUAACGCCGAUCAUUUGCUGUACGAUUUUAGAGCGAAUGUGGCAAAUUUGUUUGCGAACGAGAGCGCAGCUGUCCGCACUGGAAACACUCGCAUUGCCGAUGAAUUUAAAAAUAGCCAAAGCAAUAAUGAAGUGCCUAAUAAAAAUGUGCAUGAACACAGCGACACCAACAACAUUAGCAGCGCGCCCAUUGUAAGCAGCAAGGAGACUUUGAGCAGCAGAAACAGAAAGGGCAAAAACAAUGCUAACAACAAACAGAGCGAGCAUAAUAACAGUGUCAACAAUCCCCAUACUGGCGAGCAGAGGUUGCACACGAGCGCUGAAUUGAAUGCUAAUUCCAUUGCUAUCGCCUUAAGUUCAAAUUUAUCUGAUGGCCUAUUAGUUGAACAAGCAGCUGUUGUGAGUGGUGAUGACACCAGCAACAACUAUAAUAACAGUCAUAGCACCAAUGGCGUUCAUAACAAGCAUAAUAAGGCACCUCACAGCAACGAACGUCGUCACAUCGUGCCGGAAAAGCUGCAAUACACCAAAGAGAUACGAAUGAAACAAGGGCGCCUGAUGGGCAUCACUCGGCAUUUUCAUUCGUCGACCGGUUUACGUGAUGUCGAUCAAUAUCUGGGCUUGCCAUAUGCAGAGGCGCCCGUAGGCAGUCGCCGCUUCAUGCCACCAGGUGCGCCACUGCCUUGGCAAGGAUUGAAAAUGGCCCGUCAUUUACCACCAGUCUGCCUCCAGCAGUUGCCCGACGUCACGGCGCAGGGAAGUGUGAAAAUGUCACGCGGUCGUUACAAGCAAUUGACACGCCUGCUACCUUACCUGAAGACGGAGAGCGAAGAUUGUCUUUACUUGAAUGUGUAUGUGCCGCGUGUGGAUGGCGUAUUCGACGCGUCCAACGCCUACGAUAUGGGCACACAAUCCACAAAGCGUUUACCGGUAAUGGUGUACGUGCAUGGCGAAUCUUUUGAGUGGAACAGUGGCAAUCCCUACGAUGGAUCAGUGCUCGCCAGCUAUGGGCAAGUCAUUGUUGUUACCAUCAAUUAUCGGCUCGGUGUCAUGGGUUUUCUGAAGCCCAGCAUUGAUGAGAAUACUGUCGCGAAUUUCGGACUGCUGGAUCAAAUUGCCGCCCUGCAUUGGAUUAAGGAGAAUAUCGCGUCUUUCGGCGGCGAUAAGGACAGCGUAACGCUCAUGGGACACAGCACAGGUGCUGCAUGCGUAAAUUAUUUGAUGAUAUCGCCUGUUGCAUCCGGCCUAUUUCAUCGCGCCAUACUCAUGUCGGGUUCGGCUAUGUCAGACUGGGCGGUCAGUAAUCAUUCGCUUCAGCUCACCAUGCAAAUCGCUCACACGCUCAAUUGUCCCCUAAACGAUGACAACGAGGAGAUGCUGUCCUGCUUGCGCCAACAGCGCUACCAGGACAUCUUAAAAAUACCAACAUCAUUUCCCCAAUUUUCAACUCCAUUGGGUCCAAUUGUCGAUGGCCAUGUGAUACCAAAUCAGCCAUACAAAGUGAUGGGGCAAUACACUGAACACUUCAGUCGCUAUGAUUUAUUAUUUGGCGUCACCGAGUCCGAAUCGUAUCACACGCUGGGCGCAUUAGCACUCGAAGAAGGAUUACGUGAGAAUGAGCGCGAUAAUUUAUUGCGCUUCUAUAUGCAGACACGAUUUGAUGUUCGACCCGAUUUAGCAUUGGCUGCCACGCUCAAGAAAUAUGAGGAUAUGUACAACAAUCCUACGAAGGGCACCAAUUCGGAGCAUCGUGAUGUUGUACUUGACAUACUGUCCGAUGCCCGUAUAGUGGGGCCUCUAAUGCAGACUGGCUUAUUUCACGCCGAUGUCAAUCGACGCAAUUAUAUGUAUGUGUUUGGACACAACAGCGCAACGGGACCGUAUGCCAAUUUGCCACAUAGCAUUGCGGGUGAAGAGUUGGCCUUCAUUUUCGGUGCACCACUUGCACCAGCUGGUCCCUUUCCCAGCAAUUCGUAUGGCGCACAGGAAAAGCUGCUCUCCGAAGCAGUGAUGACAUACUGGACCAAUUUUGCGAAGACUGGAAAUCCGAAAGCACCAUGGAAGGGAAGUUUCAUCAAUUUGCACGCGCUGGAAUGGGAUAGGUAUGAUCUCGAUUGGCCGGAAUUUAAUAAACGAACGCAAUCGUAUAUGAAUAUUGGCAUACCACCAACGAUUGGCUAUAAGUACCGACAAAUCUAUAUGAAUUUUUGGAACAAAGAGUUGCCCGAUGAACUGAACCAAAUUGCAAACAUACAACGACAGCCGUAUUUGCAUACAACCCUGUACAAUGGAGCCGAUGGUGUCUUUGGUACGAGUAGUGCCACUGCUGCAACACAGCAUACGUAUCCGGUGCAGCGGCAUGGUGGGGGCGAAGUAAUAACCGGGCACAUGAGUCAAUUUGGCACACGUGAUAAUGGUGCCGAGGACCCAGUACGCACAUUGAAACUACUGCUACAGGAGCCAUGGAAAUUAGGUGGUAACAAAGAUGGUGUCGGCGCUGCAAGCGAUGCGAACGCGGCUGGCGAUACCUUUGCAGAGAAUAUGUACAAUGCGCCACCGACUUUUGGCGUGACGAAACAAGCGAACGACGAACAAAUCUAUGCGAUGGCCGCAAAUGGUGUACUGGGUGGGCUAGCUGGCAUGGGAAGAGGCAGUGGGCUGCCCAGAAUAAAUGACUUGGGUGGUUUUAGUGAAAUUGGUGUUGGCAGUGGCGCAACGCUGGCUGGCGGCAGUGCAAUUUAUGGUGUGCCAAGAGCGGAAAUUGCCGAGUAUGACAAUGGUAUUGGUGGUGGUGGUGGAGGUGGUGUAGAUAGUGAUGGUAGUGGUGGCACAGGUAAUGAUGCGGGUAGCAGCACUGCCGUUGGUGACGAAGCCAGCGCUGGCAACAAAGAGGAAGUUGCCAAAUCAGAGACGACAAUACAACUACUCAUCGGGCUGAUUGCCGUGUUCAUUGUGCUUAAUGUCAUCAUUUACUCAACAUUCCUGCUCCAGAGGAAGAAGAAAGCGCACUCAAUGCAACGAAAACUGGGCGGCAUACUCAGUUACGACGGCACCACGGACGAUGAAUUCAAGCGCUCGAAGCAAAAUGACGGCGAUGAGAGCUACAUUCUGGACAUUGUACGCAAAUCGAACACUUACGAAGCGGUCAAAACGGAACGUUCGCCGAUUAAUGGCUUUCAAAUGACACGACAACUGAGCACCUCCACCGUGGACACACACACCAAGGUGUGCGCUUGGAUGUCAGCUGCAGUCGGCGCCGCUGCGGAUGCAAAAGCAUGUGUUGGUGGGGGUGGUGCCGACAGCUCAAAGGGUGGUUCGAAAAAAUCCUCUUCGCCCACGUUUUCCUCACUGCGCAGCAGCAGCGCCGGCGGCAGUUUCAAGCAGCCAGUGGGAUCGCAGAAAGUGAGCGUCGCUGUUGAUGCCACACCAUCGGCACGCAGCAGCAGCGUAAUGGAGCAAGAGCCGAUUGAGGUGCACAAAUUAAAGUCAGAUGGGCGCAACAUAAUUAUCUGCCAGGAGGUAGAGGUAACCGAUCAGGAUUUGCUCACGCCGCAGAACUCUUUGGAUAGCACACGUUAUGCGCUUACCCGCCAGCAUUCAGCUGCCACCGAGCCGUGUGAGGCGGAAUUGCCACAACAGGGCCAAUUGCCGCCAUAUAUGCCAAACGCGCAGCACGCGCACUCACACUCGGACCCAGUUGAUAUGCAGCACUACUACAGUGGAAUAUGCGAUACCAUUGAAGAAAAUGAAAAGGUGACCAGUUUUCUGGGUGAGGAUGUAAAUGUGACCAGCCGCGAUGAUGAUGAUCAAGAUGGUGGGAUGGCCAGCGUCUGUCGUACACCAGCGCAGCAACUACAAGUUAUCAAAAGUCGUAAUUAUCCCAAGGUUUUGCCAACAAGCAAUGCAAAUAUCGAAUUUCAUGCAAACGCUAAUGACUCACCACCCAUGACGCUGGACCUGCGUACCACUAAUAAACGCAACUCAUUGCCGCCUAAUAGCUUUCUGCCGCACUUCAGCAGCACACUAGGUGCUGUUGCUACUACAGGUGCACGUUAUCCACCACUUCCGCCACCGCGCACAAUCUCCACGCUGGGACGGAAACCUUCGACGCGUCGUAAUAGCAGCAAUAUCACCACAUCGCCAUUAAUGCUGGCUCACGAUUGCACAGCCGAGGAGGAAGACGAGCCGCCAAUCACGCAGAAUACACUUAUAGUGGGUCCCAUAGUGCCGCAACAGAAGCCGAAGGCGCAGGCGGGCGCUGGUGGCGAUACUAAUUACUCGACGCUUAAGCGCGCUGAGCUCACCUCAACUGACAAGGCGCCCUUUAAUAGCCUGUCAAGCACCAGAGCGGAAGAGGUAACGGGCACAGCAGCAACAAAACUUAUGCAUAGCUCCUCGGAAGCAUCAUUAACGCCGGCCAACUCUCAAAUCGGCACAAAGCCGAACGCCACGCCGUCAGGUUGUGUUGGCGGUGUGACGACAUUCUUAAGUAACGGUGCAAGUGCGGGUUUGCAAAGCUUCGAAAGCCAUCCAAUUGCCGUCGAAGUGGAAGACAAAUUGCUGCAAAAACAGCAACAAACCGACGCGAAACGAACACACCACACCGAGCGUAUUUAUGCGAUACAACAGCCAACUAAUUUGCCAGCCACACAAAGUGAAGGCAAGACAACAGCGGUGACGGCAAAUUCAUUGACACCGACACUAAUUACACCUACAUUAAUGAAUUUGGCAGGCCAUCAAAUUGGUGGUGUACGCAAUAAUGUAAUGAAAACAACGGGUUACAACAACAAUAGCGGUACAGCCAUUGCUCCUGGCAUUACGGACAUUUAUGCACAACCCAAUAAGUCGAAAGUUAAAGCGAAAUCGAAUUUGACAGCGUCACAUGAGAAUAUUCCCAGUGUGCAAUCGACAAUAGCAGCAACACCCUCACCACACAUCAAGCCACCUUCGAUAGGUGUUAUUCCCGCUUUGGCGCACCCACACGAUCACACAUCGAAGUCAAGUGCGCUUGAUGGCAAGGCUAAAGCUAACUCGCUAUCAGCAACAACAGCAGCAACAACUACUAAAAUAACAACCGGUUUAGUGACAACGGAAUUGACAAACACUGGCGUCGACAAACCGGUGACAGCUAUGAGCAAGCAAACAAUGGAAUCUGUGACAGCAGCAGUGGUUCAGAAAGCUCCUGUCACGGCUAACGACAUAAGUGCAACAGUAAGUAAAACAGGCGAUGCAACAGUACCACUCACAUGCAUGCCACAAAUGCCGACGAGCGCCGCCUGCUCAGGCAGCUUACAAGAACGAUUAGAGCAAAAGCAAACCGAGCAACGACAACAAAGCGUAGCGACCGUAGCCUUGACAAAACAUGGCGUAGACGGUGCAACAGCAAAAACAGUAGCAGCAGCGUUACGCGUACCUGUCAAUUGCACGUCAGCCACACCGACAACGACAACGGCAGCGGCAACGACAACCGCAACCAGGACAAUAGCGGAUGCCAUCGCCGCGCAAUUGGCGCAAACAAAGCCUUUGAAGGCAGCUCUAGCGUCCGGCGGAGAGAAACCAUCAACAGUCGGCAGCAGUGUCAGCAGGCAGGCAAGUUUGCGUGACUCCUGUCUGAGUUCAGUGUCAGCGCGUUCAACAGAUUCCAGAGCGUCCUCGGCGUGUUCGACGUCGUCCUCAGGUUCCACAGCAUCAUCAAAUGCCUCUACCGCAACGGGCACGUCCUCUUCUGCCUCGUCGUCGUCGUCCACGGGCACUGUACGCACCGAACUGCAACAAAAGAUUAGUGACACCAAACGGCCAACACAAAUUUAAUACCAGAAGCAAUCAAUGAAAUGAGUACGGAAGACUUACACAACAACAAUACUAACACCAAAAGCGCAAACAACGAAAAAUAACAAUCACAACGUACAGAUAAGUCAACAAUGGCUGGUGAGCAGGUGAAUUGUGUCGUUGGCAACGAAACGAGUGUGUGGACCAAGAAGUUUAACCAAAGUUUACAUUUAAUGCAAUUACGUAUACGCCAUGAAUGCCAUACCAUGGAACCGCACAAUACAAUCCAAAACAAUGGAUAAAUGUAGUCUUGUCUAAAAGUGUUUAUAUAUGUUUGUGCGUAAAAUAUUUAGCUUAGAUGAUUUCAGUGCAAAGUAUGCAGCAAUCGAGCGGCAAAUUGACGAAGACAAACUUUGCACAUUAAAAUCAAGCGUGAGUGUGAGCAAUUACUUGUCAUCGCUACAUGCACGUAUAUACAAUACACAAACACAUAUUAUAUUUGCACAGCAGCGUUUAUGUAUUUAUAAGUUUCGGUUAAAGCAGCAACAUAAUUACUUAUAGGUAGGAGGUAGAAAAUCAUUAUAGUUCUUCAAGUAUGGUUUGAACGUAGCCAUUAUUAGAAUUAAUUAUUAUAUAAGAAAUCAACUAAAUUAUUAUAACCCUUAAUUAUUAUGCAGCUCAUAAAUUAUAUGCUUAAAUUAGACUUUAUCUAGACAUAAGAAUGUUAUACUACAAUAUAAUAGUUAUUAAAAGAAGAGGUAACAACACCUAAUCUAUUUAAGAAAUUGCAAACGACGGUCUUAAUGCUUUUGAAUACCAAAACCUUAGUUUUAAUUUGUAUUAGUUUAAGUAAGCACUAUACUUGUUCUAUUUAAUGAAAACAGGAAUGUACAAUGCUCUUAUCAGUAUACGCAAUAAAAUGCAAGAA